GGGACACAAAAAUGAUCCCCAAAGGGCAAAAGAAGGAGGGGAAGGAGAGAGAAAAGACAGUAAGACUUAGCUGCAGGCACACGAACAAGUCUGGACUGCAGUCCAGGACAGAGCAACAGCUCUUGCUGGUGAAGUAGUGGUUUAUAUGAGGCUCGAAACAACACUCUAAAGUUUUUGGAGAGUUAAAAAAAAACGAUAGCUGGAUGCUAAUGGGCGCGCGAGACAGUCAGUGAACUGCUCACCUGUGAGUGAAGCUUGUCUUUGUGAGAGGAUUAUGCUUCAGGAGAGCUGAGAACAUUUUGCACCUUUCCCAGCCUGGACAGGGAACAAGACCGUGACCUCAGCUGAACCUGUCAGAUAUUUCACACUCUGCUAGUUUGGUGCACCGGACGCCUGCUAUUCCUGAGCAACUUGAGAUUUUACUUUGGAGAAAAGAUGUGGCACCGGACUUUGGUGGCUGCAGUGUUGCUGUCCCUCCCAAACAGAUCUACAGCUCAAGGCACGUGUAAUAAUGUCGGUGCUGCGGAUAUCGUGUUCCUGGUGGACGGCUCAUCCAGUAUCGGACGUACCAACUUUGCUCUUGUGAGGAGUUUCAUGGCAGGGAUCAUCAGACCCUACGCCAAAGCAGUGGGACCUGCUGGCAUCCGGGUCGGAGCUGUGCAGUACAGCGACACAGCAAGGGUGGAAUUUACCUUCACUACGUAUCUAAGCGGCACGGAGCUGCUGAGUGCUAUAGAGAACCUGAACUAUAAAGGAGGAAACACUCGCACCGGAGCUGGGCUUAAGUACAUAGCAGAUAACUUCUUCAACCCCAGAACCACCAGAGAUGUGCCCAAGCUUGUUAUUCUUAUCACAGAUGGGAAAUCUCAGGACAAUGUUCAGGAUCCUGCCGAGAAACUGCACAGCUUAGGAGUCAAGAUAUUUGCCGUGGGUAUAAAGAGUGCAGAUCAGAGAGAACUGGAGCUCAUCUCAUCGGCUCCUCAAAGUGAAUUCACCUCCUUUAUUGAGAAGUUUAAAGAUCUCAGUUCUCUGCUGCCCACGCUGUCUCCACGUGUCUGUUCAGCGUCCGGUGGCUCCUAUUCAAGUGACGCUGCCUUCAGCGGUCCGACUGACUUGAAGUUUACAGACGAGACCUUUAAUUCGAUGCGGUUCAGGUGGACGGCUGCAGGAGGGCCUGUAACGAGCUAUCUGGUCCAGUACACUCCACUGUCUGGUCUGGGUCAGCCAGUAACAGCAGAGCAGCGACAGGAGAUGGUGCCAGCCAGUCAGCAGGCCUACUUGGCGCGGGAUCUGCGCUCAGGCACAGAGUAUUUAGUGUCGGUUAUCGCCCAGUACCCCAACAGCGUGGGCGAGUCCGUGUCUGCCAAGGCUCGAACUAGGUCUGUGCAGGGCGUGGCCUCACUGCGGUUGGUACAGGCGGGGUUCUUUACUUUAGCUCUGGCAUGGGACCCUCCUUCUGGCUCCAUACAGGGCUACAGGAUUACAUAUGGACCCAGAGGCAAGCCUGCAUCCUUGCUGCGGGAGCAGACGCUUGGGGCGGAUGCCACUUCUCUCACGCUGGACGGUCUACAGGCGGACACUGAAUACAUUAUCAACCUGUAUCCGCUCUUCCCUCGUAACAAUAUUGCACCCACUACGCUCACGGCCAGCACACUGCGUUUACAAGGAGUGCAACAGCUCUCUGUUGUCACAAGCUCAAACAGCAGUGUUGAAGUGCGUUGGCAAGGAGUGAGUGGCGCCAGAGGUUACAGGCUGGUCUGGGGCCCGUUUGUAGGAAGUGAUAUAGAGACUGUAGAGGUGAGCGGUGACAGUGAGGCUCACACACUGGUGAAUCUGCGACCGGAGACGGAAUACAUUGUCACAGUCAUUGCUCUGUAUAAUGGGGAAACAGAAGGGCCUGCAGCAAAUGCACGCUUUAAGAUAGAGCGAGCAGAGCAGCAGGUUUUGAGAGCCAUUACAACAGGACCCUCCAGCAUCCUGCUGACCUGGAACUUCAUAGCAGCAGCCAGGGGCUAUCGACUGGAGUGGAGGAAAGAGGGAGCAAGCAGCAGGGUUCACACACAGACCUUCCCCCAGAGUACCACAAGAUAUGAAAUAAAAGGUCUUCAGCCAAGUACCGAUUACAUCAUAACUCUGUACACGCAGUACGAUGGACGGGAGGAGCCCACACCAGCGUUACCUUUGGUUGGUAGAGUCAGCAACCUGCGAGUGGUGGAGAUUAUAGGACGCGCCGUACGGCUGGCAUGGACCGGGGUCGCCGGGGCAACGCAGUACAACAUCCUUGUCCUCAACACGGAGACUGGGUCGGAGGUAAAACGUGUCGUUUAUGGAAAUCAGACGACGUUUGACCUCCGUGACCUCACAGGAGGUGUGUCUUACUCUGUGAGUGUGACUGCCUUGGUGGGCUACACUGAGGGACCUCCGGCAACCAUCUACAUCACACCAGACUUUACGACAGCACAAAUUCCGGGCAAGGUGACGAACCUGCGCGUAGUGAAUGUCAACAGUCGACGGAUCAGGAUUGCAUGGAAUGUGGUCAGUGAGGCUACAGGUUACAGAGUCACCUGGAGACAAGGCAGCAAUUCGGAGCAGUUCUAUGAGCUCGGUGCAGGCGUCACUUCCUACACUAUAGAACGACUACAGCCUGAUGAAUCCAUCAUUGUGGGUGUGACUGCUAUGAUUGGCAGUCAGCUCGGAGACGUGGUCACUCUCUCCACCAGGACAAAUGGCUAUGUUGGGGCAGUCACAGGUUUACAGUUUAUUGACGUUGGUUCCACGCGGAUUCGCAUAUCUUGGGAUCCUGUAUCCAGAGCAACGGGAUACAAAAUCACCUGGCAGCGUCAUGAUGGAACGGAAGACUCUCAGAUCGUAUCUGCCGGUGUCACGUCCUACACCGUCAGUGGGUUACAGCAAGGCUCCACCUACAGAAUAUCUGUCUCUGCUCUGGUUGGCUCCCGUGAGGGACCAGCUGCCACUCAGAGUACCAGGACAGAGGAGGUUGUGGUUGGGCCUGUUCCUAAGGUAGACUACGAGUCUCGAGGGGAGGUGGUAAGGAUCAGCUGGGUUGGAGUUCAGGGAGCAACAGCGUAUAGGGUGGUGUGGAAAAGAUCUGACGGUGGGCAGGAGCAGUCUAGGCUGGUUGGCGGCAAUAUAACAUCAGUGGAUCUGAGGCAACUGGAAGGAGGAGCUCAGUAUGAUGUUCAGGUCGUGGCUAUGGUACAGAACAGAGAAGGACCUCCGGUUUCUGUCAAGGUCACCACAGGAGCGGUGUAUGAGGAACGACCACAGGGAGUGCGUGUUGAUCAGUUAGCCCCAGGGUCACUGCGUAUUGUUUGGAGAGCAGUGAGAGGAGCUGAUGGAUACAGAAUCUACUGGAGCUCGUCACAAGGUGAAACUGAAUCGAGUCAUCUGAUUGAUCGAGAUGCCACCUCGUACACGUUAGAAGGACUUCGUCCUGGACUGACUUACACCAUCCGAUUGGCUACUGUGUUGGGUGGCAGAGAAGGUCAACCUGUCACCGUCACACAGUCCACUGCUCCGCAGCAGCCUGUAACGGACUUCAGGGUGGUAGACAUUACCCAGAAUUCUGUACUGCUGACUUGGAGACCGUUAUCAGGUGCCACUGGAUACAUACUGCGAUGGCAGGAUGAAAGAGACCCAGGCAGCAUCCAGUCGCUCACUCUCCCUGAUACGACUAGCUCGUUCCGUGUGACGAGUCUGAGACUGGGCCGUCGGUACCGUUUCACUGUGCAGCCCGUCUUCUACGAUUACCCUGGCCCAGAGGCUGUUGUGGAAGAGCGCACAGUGUGUGUGGAUGGGCGUUUGGAUGUGGUGUUCCUGGUCCCCGCCACUCGUGAUCGCUCUGCUUUAAGGGAGCCUGUUUUGUCCCUGCUUGCGAGCGCUGCUGGAUUUUUCACCUCCAUCGGUGCCCGGGACUCACAGAUGGCGGUGGUGGUCUACAGUGAUGAUUCCAAAGUGCGCUUUCUCCUCAGUCGACAUAGCAACAGCGAAACCCUUCUGAGGGAGAUUUUCUCCACCCCAUUUACUGACAGACCAGGAAAUAAUAUAGGUCAGGCCUUGACGUUCACGAGACAGUUUCUGUUGAGUGCGAGUGCGGGUCGAAGGCCUGGUGUUCCAGGUGUAGUCGUCAUCAUCGCUGAUAGGAAAUCUGAAGAUGAUAUCCGGCGUCCUGCGACUGCACUGAGGGAUUCUGGUGUGGCGGUGCUGGCUGUCGGAGUUGGGCGCGCAAACUCAGAGGAGUUGCUGUUGGCGGUUACAGACAGCAGCCCUCAGAAUCUGCUGCAGGCUCAGGAUGCAGAUGAUCUCUAUAGACUCCAACCUGAACUUGCAGAGCUUCUCUGCGGCCUUGCAAGAGGAACUGUUGUACCGGGUCCUGGACAUUCAGAAGGUUGUACUGUUCAGUGCCCACAGGGUCAGAAAGGGGAACCAGGGCAGAAGGGUGAGAGAGGCAGUGAUGGAGUGCCUGGGAGGAAAGGAGACCCUGGUCGUGAUGGCACACCUGGUCGUGAGGGCCCCAGGGGACCCGAGGGACCUGCUGGUCCUCCAGGACCGUCAUUAAGAGGAGAAAAAGGAGAAAGUGGGAUUCCAGGAUUGCAGGGGAGUCCAGGCGUUCCUGGUCGUUCAGGAACCCCCGGUGUUGCAGGACCUCCUGGCUUGCAGGGAUUACCUGGAGUCAGAGGAGACCUUGGAGAGCCUGGUAGUGCUGGUUUGCCUGGAUCAAAGGGACAGAAAGGUGAUCGGGGUGAGCCUGGAUCCGUUGUCGGAGUCGUGCCAGGGCGCAAAGGAGAGCCAGGUCUACCUGGGCUACCCGGUACUCCAGGACGAGCAGGCACAGACGGGGCAAAGGGAGAGGCAGGAGUUCCGGGGCUGCCAGGAAAUGAUGGCCGCCCUGGGACACCGGGCACAUCUGGGCUCUCAAUAAAGGGUGAGAAAGGAAGUCGUGGGGAACCAGGCAUUCCCGGAGUGGGCAGUGGGGCAGCAGUUAAAGGAGAAAAAGGUGAACCGGGACGUCUUGGACCUCCAGGACCUCCAGGACCUACGGGCCCCACUGGAUUGACAGGACAGAAAGGAGCCAGAGGAGAGACUGGAGAGAGCAUAAAGGGCAAUCCAGGACCCCCAGGGCCACAAGGAGAGCCGGGUGACCGGGGUCCAAGAGGUCCUCCUGGUGAAAUCGGAAGCAAGGGAGACCGUGGACAGGCUGGAGAGCCCGGGUCACAGGGUGACAGGGGUGAGAGAGGGCCACCUGGUCUAGCAGGGGAUAAGGGUGAUAUGGGUAGACCAGGACUCCCAGGACCCCCCGGGCUCAGGGGUUUGCCAGGUGCAAAUGGACUUCCAGGAGAAAAGGGAGCUGAAGGAGCGAAAGGCGAACCGGGCGGUGGCCCAGGUUCACUCGGAAAGAAAGGAGAGCAGGGUCAGAAAGGAGCUCCAGGUCCUGAGGGUCCUGCAGGUGAAAAGGGAGAGCCAGGACAGAAAGGAGAAAGGGGUCUUUCUGGAGUAGGACUACCUGGUCCGACUGGGCCUAAAGGGGAGCAGGGUGAUCGGGGUCUUCCUGGACUUGCUGGAAGAGCUGGCGCAAAGGGAAACCAGGGUGAACCAGGAGAGAGAGGAGAAGGGGGCAAUCCCGGGCCUGCAGGUCCAGCUGGACCCAAAGGGAAAGAUGGCCUAAGAGGUGACAAAGGAGAAGAUGGGAUUCCGGGGGAGCCCGGCUUGCCCGGAAAGCCAGGAGAACGGGGACUGAGGGGUGUUCCUGGACAAACGGGUCCAUCAGGAGAAAAGGGAGACAUAGGUGAUCCUGGAGAGCAUGGACGAAAUGGUUCUCCAGGGCCUGUAGGACCACGAGGACAAAAGGGAGAUCAGGGGAUCCAAGGUCCCCCAGGGCCCCCUGGAGAUGCGGGAGAUGGGCAGGUUCUUCUCAAGGGAGACAGAGGAGAAAAGGGAGAACCCGGUGACCCUGGGGAACAUGGUAGUAAAGGUCAACAAGGAGAAGCAGGAAUACCGGGCACUCCAGGAUUACGGGGAGCUGAGGGUCAACGAGGACCAGUGGGAGCCAGAGGAGAUCCAGGAGAGAGAGGAAGUCCAGGAGAGAAGGGAGAAAGAGGAGCUGCUGGACUGGAUGGACGUCCUGGUCAGGAUGGGAAACCUGGGCCACCUGGACCCCCCGGUUUAAGGGGUGAUCCUGGUAAAACGGGAGAACCUGGUAGAGAUGGCUUACCAGGACUCGGAGGACCUCAGGGGCCUCUAGGGCCUGUAGGACCUCCAGGAGCUGCAGGCGCACCUGGUAAAUCAGGAGAGGAUGGAAAACCUGGAUCUCCAGGAAAAACUGGUGAGGAUGGCGUUCCUGGUGAGGAUGGCAGAAAGGGUGAAAAAGGAGAAUCAGGACCCCCAGGAAGAAAUGGUCAGGAUGGGCUGAAAGGGGAUCGGGGCAUUGCAGGGCCCACUGGCCCCACUGGCCCUCCGGGACCACCAGGGGUUCCCGGGAACAUUGGACCUCCAGGACAGGUGAUAUAUGUUAAAGGGGCUGACCUAUCACCUAUCCCAGGACCCCGAGGGCCACCAGGAGCUCCGGGAAUACCUGGGGUUCCAGGAGAUGCAGGAGCUAGGGGUGAGAGAGGCCCACAAGGAGUAAAAGGAGAUCAGGGAGAUCCAGGAGAAGACGGUUUACCUGGAAAACCAGGAACUUCAGUGGAUCUGAAGAAAGCACUUACAGAUUUUGGCAUUGAGGUCAGGGAUCUGCAGAUGGUGAUGGAAAAAAAAGACGUCCUGCUGAGGGAAAUCGUAUCACAAAGAGAUAAAGGACCAAAGGGGGAUAAAGGAGAUUCAGGACCCCCAGGCCCCUCUGGUGCAGAUGGUGCUCGAGGAUUUCCAGGGGAGCGAGGACAAAAAGGUGAUCAAGGUGAAAAGGGGCCUCCUGGUCCUCAGGGCCCCACAGGCAGAGCUAUUGGAGAAAGAGGACCAGAGGGUCCUCCUGGGCAGGCGGGCGAGCCUGGCAAACCUGGCAUACCUGGAGUACCAGGACGAGCUGGAGAACUAGGAGAGUCUGGCAAACCUGGAGAUAAGGGAGAGAGAGGAGAGAAAGGAGAAAAAGGGGAAACGGGUAAACCUGGGCUAAAUGGUGUAGCAGGACCUCCUGGACCUAAGGGUGACUCCAUAGUUCAGUCUGUUCCUGGUCCACGGGGUCUGCCAGGCCCUCAAGGUAUUAAAGGAGAGGAUGGUGCUCAAGGAUCUCCUGGACCUAAAGGAGAGCGGGGAGUAGCAGGUUUCCGUGGAGAGAAGGGCGAUAGAGGAGAAGUAGGGGAAAAGGGCAGAGAUGGCCUCCCUGGUUUAGCUGGAGAACCUGGAAAACCGGGACAGGAUGGAAAGCCGGGCUUGCCUGGGUUCCCAGGAGUGUUGGGCAGACCGGGAAACCCUGGAGAGCCAGGAAUCCGAGGACCACCUGGACCAAUGGGUCCAAAUGGACCUCCAGGACCACCAGGUGUGAAGGGUGACCAUGGAGAGGCAGGAGUAGGAGUUCAAGGCCCUCCAGGACCACAAGGCAUCCGAGGAUUGCCCGGACUUACAGGCACACCAGGAGCUAUCGGGCCACAAGGACCUCCAGGCCUCCCAGGACAAACAGGAGAAGGAGGAAAGCCUGGGGUUCCUGGUAGAGAUGGCAUACCUGGAAAGGAAGGAACACCAGGCUUACCAGGAAAACAGGGUAUCGCUGGACCAGUGGGACCUCCAGGGCCGAAAGGCGAGCAAGGGGACAGCGGGCCACCUGGAAAAUCGGUAGCUGGACCUCCUGGAGUGAAGGGUGAGGGGGGUCCUCCUGGUGAAACGCUGCCUGGAGUACCAGGAGAAAGAGGCUUACCUGGAUUGCAGGGUAUUAAAGGAGAUAAGGGACCAGCUGGAAUCAAAGGUGACAGAGGUACAACCGGUGACCCAGGGGAGCCUGGUGAAAGUGGACAAAGAGGACCACCAGGGCCUAAAGGAGCCAAAGGUGAAGCGGGUGUUGGAUUUGUUGGCCCUCCAGGACAAACUGGACCUGCAGGCUUAAAGGGUGAUCCUGGUCUCCCAGGCCCUCCAGGCCCACCUGGACCUCAGGGUACAUCCGGAACACCAGGACUCGCUGGCCAAAGAGGGGAAGUAGGCCAGCCAGGAAAUCCAGGACCUCCAGGAGAGAGGGGUCUGCAAGGCUUCAUAGGCAAAGCAGGAAACCCAGGGACACCCGGUAAUCCUGGACCACCUGGACCACCGGGUAGUGCAGGUUUAUCCGGGCUUAAAGGUGAUAAAGGUGAGGUUGCUGUAGGAGUACCAGGACAGAGAGGGGAGAGAGGAGAUCCUGGGCCUCGGGGAGAAGAGGGACGACCAGGAAUGGAUGGAGAGAGAGGGCCUCCGGGAUUUCCAGGUAGCAAAGGAGGCAGAGGAGAAAAGGGUGAAGCAGGACCACAAGGAGAGAAAGGAGAGAAGGGUGAAACUCUGUUGGUGGGUGGGCCUCCUGGAGAAAAAGGGAAUAAAGGUGAAACGGGAGAACGAGGUGCUAAAGGAUUACAAGGUGAAAAAGGCGUUAAAGGUCAAGAGGGACCGCCUGGGGGACAGGGUCUGCGUGGAGAGUCUGGUGAGAGGGGGUCACCUGGCUUUCAGGGCGCUCGUGGACCAGGAGGACAGAAGGGAGAGGCAGGACUGCCAGGAGUUCCAGGAGAAGCUGGUACACCUGGGAAAGAUGGCCUCCCUGGCAUGAGAGGAGAGAAGGGAGAGAUUGGAGUCAUGGGCAUGCGAGGACCAAAGGGAGACCGUGGAUCCAAGGGAGCGUGUGGACCAGAUGGACAAAAAGGAGAAAGAGGGGAUCCUGGAAUGAAUGGCAGAUCGGGUUUACCUGGAAGAAAAGGAGAGUCGGGUGAUGUGGGAUCUCCAGGAGCCACUGGAGCGCCGGGGAAAGAGGGAAUCAUCGGACCCAAAGGUGACCGAGGUUUUGAUGGUCUAAUGGGACCAAAGGGAGACCAAGGAGAGAAAGGUGAACGGGGCCCUCCUGGCAUCCCUGGCCCUCCGGGUCCCCGAGGUGUCGAUGGGCCCCCGGGCCUGACGGGUCCUCAGGGACUUGCAGGAGUUAAAGGUCCUGAAGGACUGCAGGGACAGAAGGGUGAACGAGGUCCUCCAGGCCCUGCUUCAGUUGGCCCUCGUGGUAUUCCAGGAAUCCCAGGAGAGAGAGGAGAACAGGGAGAAAUUGGUCUUGAUGGAGAGAAAGGAGAGAGGGGAGAGCCGGGCAUGACGGAGGAUGAGAUUCGAGCUUACGUUCGAUCUGAGAUGAGCCAGCACUGUGCCUGUGGAGGUAAGUGACCUUAAAGCAUAACAUCGCCGUCAUUAACCUUUUUUUAGAAUUCACUUUAGCACUAGCUCAGCAUUGAAAAGGUUAUGUAGUGUCACUACGCACCCAAACCAGCAUGGAUCAUAGGAUCAUUACUGCA